AUGAAGAUAGCUUGUAGAAGAAAUCCAUUAUUAUCCUUCUGUCAAACAUCUCCAUCACCAGAUAUAAUUAAUAAUAAUAAUAAUACUUUACAAACUACAAAAUUAUUUGAAGGUCAAAAUCAUUUAGACAAUAAAACAACUGUAUUAACAAACAAAGAAGAUUUAUCAUUAUUAUCAUCAACAACACUUUCUACAAUUCAAUCACCAUUAUCAAUGAGUAAAAUUAAUUUCCACGAAAAUAUAUCUUCAGACGAUGAAGGAGCGUUACCACCAAAAAUAAUUGAUAAUAAGACACAUGAAGAAAUGUCUGGAGUUUCCUCUGAAGAGGUUGGAUGGAAAUUUUCAACAUUAAUUGAUGGUAAUACUGGUACCAACAAAAACAUUGAAACUAAAAAAAAACAAAAAUUACUUGCAAUUGAUAAUGAAAAUGGUGAUGAGAGUAUAAAAAGUAAUAAUAAUAGUAGACAUUCAGGUAGCAAUGAUGAUUCAGGUUUUGGUUCUCUUUUACGUCUUCCUAAACCAGCUUUGGGGCAUGAUAAUAAAAAAGAUGUAAAUCAUUCAAUAACUAAUACUACAUUACCAUUAUCUUCUAGAAAUGAGACAGAACCUCCUACAUCAAUGCUUGUUUUUGUAACAAAAUAUUGCAUUGAUCAAAGAAUAACAUUUAAAAAAAAUUGUUUAGGUAAAAAAAUAGAUAAUGAUCAUAUGGAUUUAUGUAAAAAUUAUCCAUUAGCAUGCCAAGGAAGAGAACAAAUAAUGCCUGUCAUUUAUUAUUGUGAUAAAUUUGAAAUUGAAUAUGAUAAUUUAUGUCAAAAAAAGAAUGUUGUUGAGUUAGGAAAAGUUAAUGAUAUAUUAAGAGUAAUGAAUUUUUGUUCAACUUAUCCAACAAUAUGUAUUGAUAAAUCAUUAGAACAUGAUCCUAUAGUAAUUAGAUCACCACCAAAAAACAAUUAUGUUAGAUGUAAAGAUAUUAAAGAAAAAGCAAAAAAAUUAUGCAAUCCUUUACCAGAUGAAUCAGAUAUCUUAAAUCAUGUUAAAUGUAAUCAAUUUAUAAAAAAUUGUAAAGAAUUUGUUGAUUGGCUAUAA